GUCUUCUCCUCCCUUUGCCGGCGUAGCUUCUUCCUCCCUGUCGAGCGACUCUUGCUCCCGCGCCCCUGCUGCUCGUUUGUGCUUGCCGCGUGGUCUCGUGCUCCUGCGCGCGGCUUCAGCUCGCCGGAUCUCCAUGCCUCGAGCUCGCCCCCAUGGCGUUUUCCCCUGCUGGCUCGCCGGCUCCGUGCUCCCUGCUCGCCGCACUCCGGGUCGCCUGCCAACAGUUCAGCUCGUGCCCAGCUUUCUCCUCCAGCCGCGCCCUCCCCUGCAAGCUCACCACACCCCUGAUUCCAGCCAUGGCGCGCCCAUCUCCCUGCAGUUCCCUCCUCACGUUUCCUGCUCGCGCCGCCGUCGAGCUUCCUGAUGUGCGCGCCCGACCGGAGUUCCCUGUCCACUCGGCGUCCAACUCCUUGGUUGCUCGCCAUGGACCUUCCUGCGCGCGCGCUCCUCUACUCUUACGCGCUCCCAAUUUUCCAUGUCGCUCGGCCACACAAAGCCUUCAUCGGCCAUGGGGCCUCGUCGUCGUUGUCCCUGCUUCCCUGCAGCUCGGUCUUCGUUUCUCUGCAUCGUCGUACACGGCAAGUCGUCGCUGCUCCCCACCGUGCCGAGCCGCUCACGUUCCUGCUCCCUUCGAUCACUGUCGACCCCUGCAUGCGUGCUCCUAGUCGCCCCAUAAUGCGCUCGCUUCGACCACCAUCGUCGGUCGCUGUUCGCCUGUUCCCAGCAGCUUUCACCUUCGUCGGACAGUCAAGUUUUUUGAGCUUCGCCCAAGCAGUAACUUUGUCGACUCCAUCGCUCAGAAGACAACCCCUCGGAUCCAAUAGUGUAGCAGCAAGGCUCGUGCAACACUUACUCAGUGUCUGAUAAAAAGCCCAAACGAAUCAUCUCCGUCGAAUGGAGAUCGUCGUGCUGACGCGCCGAUGUCGUCGAUCGCUAUCCUCGUCUAUGCCAAAAAUCCGAGAAGAUUAGACGCGGAAGGAAACAAAUUAGUAUGCGACGGGAAAAUUCUCGAUGUGGAAGAAAAGGUGUGAUUCGAUGCGGCACUCACCAUGUAUUCGGGGGAAAAGCUAGAGCUGAAAGGCGUCGUCAAUUUCAUGAUUUCAAGCCGGAUUUAGGUAAGCUGAUUCGCUACUACUAUUAUUUUGUUUUAAUGGAUGGAGUGAUAGGUAUGUAUGUCGCGACGAUUAUCCCACUUGUAGCCCGGGCACGUAUUUAUUUGAUGCUUGUUGGAAUACGGGGCUACAUGUAGCGGGAUAAUUGUGUCCACGAUGGUGAAGUCGUCGUGCCGCAUAGCUAAGUUCAGGUUAGGCGAGAAGAAUUAAAUCGGUGUUUCGUAUCCAAUGAGUAGUCGAAUUAAUAAUAUAACAGAUAGGUUAAAU